AUGGUUCUUCCCAAUCAGUGGAGCCGUUCUACCAAACACACAAGUGGCGCUGUUCGCUAUGCGAUUGGCGCGACAAUUGUCUUUUAUGAUCAAGCAGACAUUCGUCAGGUCGACGUUCCCUCGUUCUCAGGAUCCUUUGGUAUUUUGCCAAAACACGUGCCAACACUCGCAGUUUUGAAACCCGGAGUGGUGACUGUUUUCGAACAAGGUGGCAACACGAAAAAAGUGUUUGUCUCUUCCGGAACAGUCACGAUCAACGAAGACUCCAGUGUACAGAUUCUGGCAGAGGAAGCACAUCCAGUUGAAAAUCUCGACAACUCAGCAGCCAAGGACAUUCUGAACAAAGCUCAGCAGCAGCUUUCGUCUGCCUCGUCCGAAAAGGACAAAGCAGAAGCAGCGAUUGCCGUAGAAGUUGCCGAAGCGCUGGUUGCAGCCUCAGCCUAAAUCUACUCCUCCCUUCAUCAGAAACUCACCCCACUUUAGUCAUCUAUAUGAAAAUGAAGAUCCAAUCUUGUUAUGUAAAGUUCAAUUAAAAUAAAGAUUUAAAGACAAAUA